UCUAAAACAGAAGAAAAACAAAGAUGUCAGCGCCCAUAGACACGAUGUGUGAAAAUAAUGAAACUUUGACAGGUAAGAAACGGCGAUUGGAAAGUGGUGUCCCGUCAGAUACUGGUACAGACGAGACAUUUUCAGGAUUUUCAGUGGACAAAAUCCUCCGAGAGGAUACGCGACACAAAGUUAUCACGUUGCAGGGGAAAUUCGAGGGAAGUGAAGACAAAGCCGUUUUGCUUCUUGAAAAACGACCGUUUGAUAGGGACAGCGUUAACAAACUGUUGUCGACGGUCACGAGAACGAAACAGACGUUGAAGAAUGAUAUUUACAGCACGUUCGAUACAGUUCCAGAUCCGGCAUUUGCAGGAUUCAAGACAACGAUGAUUUAUCCAGCAACCGAGAAACACAUUAUGAAGUAUUCUGACCAAGAGGUGUGGGUGGUCCGAGAGACACCUGAACUCUACAACAGUGUAACGCUGCCGUCCAUUGAAGCAAGCAACUUCAGCAUUCAGUGGGUGUACAACAUCCUGGAGAAGAAGACUGAAGCUGACCGGAUUGUGUUUGAGGAUUCCGACCCGGAGAACGGGUUUCUCCUCCUUCCCGACAUGAAGUGGGACCGGAAGGAUCUCGACAGCCUGUAUCUGGUUGCCAUAGCGAACAGACGCAGAAUGAAAUCUCUCCGAGACCUGGACGAGUCGAGUCUUCCUCUACUGAGGAACAUCUUGAAGAAAGGAAAGUUGGCCAUAAAGGAUAAGUACGGUAUUCCAGAGAGUAAGCUACGGAUCUACGUACACUACCAGCCUUCGUACUAUCACUUCCACGUUCACUUCACGCACGUCAAGCUCGACCCCCCGGGAUCGGGCGUGUUACACGCCCACCUACUGGACGACAUCAUUGAUAACAUUGAACACGAUGGCCAGUGUUACAAGAAAAAGACUAUGUGUUUCACUGUGAGGGAGAAUGAUGACUUGAAAAAACAUUACGCAGAAGCUGGCUACUUUAAAUAAAUAGGUUAAAUAGA